UGAGAGAGAAAGGAUAUACACAGUAAACGCGGUUGUCCCAUCUCUUUCUCUCUCACACACUCACCACACACACUCCAUCUCUCUCUGCACUUCAAAGCUACAGAUCUUUCUUUCCCUCCCUCACUCUAAAACCCUAACCAUCUCCGCAGAUCUACUCCCCAUUUCCCCUCUUUCUCCCCCCAAUUUUAUGUGCUCUGUUUCUCAAUUAAGCCGCUAUGCAUUUGUAGCUUGCUAGCUCUCUCUCUCUCUCUCUCUCUCUCUCUCUCUCAAUCAAUCAAUGGCGAGCUCGGACCCCAACAAGCGGCCACCGCCACCGCCGGGGCCGGAUUCCGCCGCAAUGCCGCCCUCUUCAUGGGCGAAACGCACCGGAUUCCGCCCUAAAUUCUCCGGCGAGACCAAUUCCAGCGAUUCCGGCCAAAUUUCCGCCAUUCCUCCGCCGGAGCCGCCGCAGGCGAGGCCGAAGCCGCCGAAUUCGAGCCUCGACCUAGAGGCGGGGCGGCCGCGGCCUGCUCCGAACGGGGAGGCUGCUGCUGCCAAGGAUAGGGCGAAGGAGGAGAAGGAUAAGGAGCGGAAGGAGAGGGAGAAGGAGCUUGCGCCGCCGGUGAGGAAGCGGAGGGAUUCGGAUGGGGGAAAAAAUUUGGGGGCGAAUGGGCAGACGGCGGCGGCGGCGGCGGGGGAGGGAAGCCGGAGGGCGGUAAGAAAUGAGGAGGCGGAUGUGCUGCCGCAGUCGGUGUUGGAUGAUGAUGGUUUUAUAUCGAGGCAGUCGCAUAUGAAGUAUGAGUUGAGAGAUUCUCCUGGUCUUGUUCCCAUUGGGCUCUAUGGAUUUCAGCAUUUUCUUUCUAUGUUGGGUUCGUUGAUACUUAUCCCGCUUGUCUUGGUUCCGGCGAUGGGUGGAAGCCAUGAAGAUACGGCUAAUAUAGUCUCCACAGUGCUAUUCAUAUCAGGAGUGACAACGCUUUUACAUAUAUCGUUUGGCUCGAGAUUGCCAUUGAUACAGGGCCCUUCAUUCGUUUAUCUCGCUCCUGCACUUGCGAUUAUCAACUCUCCUGAAUUUUUGGGGCUUAAUGGAAAUAAUUUCAAGCACAUAAUGAAGGAGCUACAGGGUGCUGUAAUUAUUGGUUCCGCAUUUCAAGCCUUCUUGGGGUAUAGUGGUUUGAUGUCAAUAUUUGUAAGGUUAAUAAACCCAGUUGUUGUGGCCCCUACAGUUGCGGCUGUUGGGCUCUCGUUCUACAGCUACGGCUUCCCAAGGGUUGGCACGUGUAUUGAGAUUGGUGCUGUGCAGAUAUUAUUAGUUGUUGUGUUUUCCCUUUACCUCCGUAAAGUAUCGAUCUUGGGCCAUCGCGUAUUCCUAAUUUAUGCGGUUCCACUCGGUCUGUUUAUUACAUGGGCUACAGCCUUCCUUCUGACAGAGUCUGGAGUAUAUAACUACAAAGGUUGUGAUGCAAACAUACCAGCUUCAAAUAUAAUAUCGGACCACUGCAGGAGGCAUGUUUCAAGGAUGAAAAGUUGUCGAGUCGAUACCACCCAAGCAUUGAAAUCUGCACCUUGGUUUCGGUUUCCUUACCCAUUACAGUGGGGAACACCCGUCUUUCACUGGAACAUGGCCCUCGUCAUGUGUGUGGUGUCUAUAAUUUCAUCAGUUGAUUCUGUUGGUUCAUAUCAUGCAUCAUCAUUGUUGGUGGCUUCUAGACCUCCGACAGCAGGCGUAUUGAGUCGGGGAAUCGGUCUCGAAGGUCUCUCUAGCAUCUUGGCUGGCCUGUGGGGCACAGGAACCGGCUCAACGACUUUGACAGAGAAUGUUCACACCAUUGCUGUAACCAAAAUGGGCAGUCGCAAAGCAGUCCAAUUGGGCGCGUGCUUAUUGAUUGCCCUAUCCCUCAUCGGUAAAGUUGGGGGUUUCAUUGCAUCAAUACCUCAAGUCAUCGUUGCAGCUCUCUUGUGCUUUAUGUGGGCGAUGCUCACUGCACUGGGAUUGUCGAACUUGAGAUACAGCGAAGCAGGGAGUUCGAGAAACAUAAUCAUCGUUGGCUUGUCCUUGUUCUUCUCCCUAUCGAUCCCGGCGUACUUUCAGCAGUACGGCAUCUCUCCAAACUCCAACGUCUCAGUCCCAAGCUACCUCCAGCCGUACAUUGUGGCUUCUCACGGUCCCAUACAAACAAAAUCUUCCGGGCUAAACUAUGUUCUGAACACGCUGCUGUCGCUGCACAUGGUGAUCGCUUUCCUCCUCGCCCUCAUUCUAGACAACACGGUGCCUGGGAGCCGACAGGAGCGAGGGGUGUAUGUGUGGUCGGAACCCGAGGCCGCGAGAAGGGAACCUGCCGUGUGUAAAGACUAUGAGCUGCCGUUUAGGGUUAGCAGAAUGUUCAGAUGGGUGAAGUGGGUUGGCCUCUGAGAGACAUCGUCGUGACGGAUUGCUCGAUUUUCGGGCUGGCCGGGAAAGAUUCGAUCUUUGUCGGGUGCCGUUGAUCGGUAGUUGGUAUUUUGCAGUUAUAGAAUGAUUCUUUGAGGACGGUUGGAUUGUGUGGGAGCAUCAGCUCUUGCAGAGAUGAGGGAUUCAGGUUGUGUAUAUUGCAGAUUCUUUCAUCUUUUUAUUUUUGCUGUUUUUUUGGGGAAUUUAGGGUAGGGGGGGGGGGAUU